AUGACAUCGUUGAGAGGUACAACCAGUACAGCUAAUUUAUUAUCAGCCAGUCAGAGUCAAAUUACUUGCGAAUUUCCUUGUUUCUAUAACAUCUUUUGUUGGACGUUGGCAGACAUACAUACUAAGGGAAUCAUCCUGAGAGCUCUCGACCAGUUCAGGCUGAAAUCCUGCAUUGACUUCAAACCGCGAGACGCUGAGGAGUAUUACCUUUCCAUUCAAAAGUUAAAUGGAUGUUUUUCUUCGAUUGGGAGAGUAAAUCCAAAUGGGCAGGUUUUAUCCAUUGGAGAGGGCUGUGAAUAUGUUCACACUGUUGAGCAUGAGAUGCUUCACGCUCUCGGCUUCUACCAUGAACAGUCCAGAUAUGACAGAGAUGAUUAUGUGACUAUUGUCACGGACAACAUCCUCAAAGGCAAAGAGCACAAUUUUAACAAGGUUGCAAGCGAUACAAGUACCACCCAUGGAACACCAUACGACUACAUGUCAGUGAUGCACUACAGCAACGAUGCUUUCACCAAUGGAAACGGUUCGACCAUCAUCACCAUAGACCCUACAUUUCAAAAUGUGAUCGGCCAAAAGCUGGAGAUGAGUUAUUAUGAUGUUCAGGAGUUAAACCUUCUCUACAAAUGUAGUAAGUACACUUGA